CUCAGCUGAUGACGUGUACCAUCCUGUACCGUUAGCUAGCAGCUAUCCAGCUAGCUCAGCCACCUGUCAGAAUAAAGCUGCUGCAAAUAAACCCACGACAUAAACUAAGAGAGGAAGUGGAGCGUUUCAACAGCUCAGGGAAAAUGGAGACGCUUUACCACCAGACCAACAAGCACAUCCAGGAGGUUCAGUCUCUGAUGGGGAACCUGGAGAGGACAGACCGCCAGUCGGUGCACUUGUUGGAGAAUGACCUGCAGGCUCGAACUGACCAGAUCUUCAACCAUUUAGAACGCCUGGAGAUCCUGGCCAGCAAGGAGCCACCAAACCGCCGUCAGAACGCCAAAUUGCGAGUGGACCAGCUCAAAUACGAUGUUCAACACCUCCGAAGUGGUCUGCAAAAUUUCCAGCACCGACGCUACGCCAGAGAGGCCCAGGACCGAGAGAGGGAGGAGCUCAUGACCAGGACCUUCACCACCAACGACGCAGAUACCUCCAUCCCCAUAGACGAGACCCUACAGCAUAACUCCAAUUUGCACAAUGCACACAGAGGCAUGGACGACCUCCUGGGCAGCGGCAGCAGCAUCCUCAACGGCAUCAGAGAUCAGAGAUCCACGUUGAAGGGGACCCAUAAGAAGAUGCUGGACGUGGCCAACAUGUUAGGGCUGUCGAACACAGUGAUGAGACUCAUAGAAAGGCGAGCCACCCAGGACAAGUUAAUCAUGAUCGGAGGAAUGCUGCUGACCUGCAUCUUCAUAUUCCUGGUGAUCAGAUACCUGGGCUGACCGUCCAUCAGUUGUGGACAUUUCUGCAGCGCAUUGUCCCUCGUGAUAUGAAGCGUGGCAGAGCAAAUUUUUAGGGAUUAAAAUAAAGUAAUGUUUUUAAAUAAAUUUUGCCAUUACAACAGUAUUUUAUUCCACGUGAAGCUCCAAGAGGACAUUGGACUUUCUGCUGCUUUCCUCAGAUUACUGGCACACAACCAUAAUCUCUUCUUUUUUUUUUUUUUUAUCAAAAGCACUCUGAAACUAAAUCACUUGUGACUGUACAGCAAAGGUUUCUUAAAAAUACUUCAACCAGAUAUUUCAAAGUGAAAAUGAAAAGCUGUUUGUUGUUUUGUUCCUAACAUUGUCGGUGUCAUUCGCCAUGGAAAGCAAUAGAAAUAUUACUGUGGAAACGCGCAUAAUGAUCCAUAUUUCUUUACAUUGCAAAACUUCCCUGGAGAAUCUUUUCUGUUUUAAUGUCUCAGUAAUGAAGUCAAAUGCAACAUCCUGCCGUAAAUUUUUCUGAAAUGAAGGUUAUAACGUUGAAAUACUCUUUUAAAGGUGUUGAUUGGGCUUUAUGACCAUUUUUAAGGAGGUGGUUUCUGAACAGUAUUGCAUCCCAGAGGUGUUUGUGUUAUUAAGCCUUCACUCAUUAACAUAAAAAGAGCAAAUCUCUAACACAAUACGGUUCUUCCUUUGCGUUAUUCCCCACCCAUCCACAAUUUAAUGGAAAUAGGUUUAUUUUUUUUUAGAGUAAUCCUAUUGACAAAUACAGGAAUGGAAACAUAACCUCCUUGGCAGAGGUAACAGAACUUUAACAUUAUAACCUUUAUGAAGUUAAGAUUCUCUGCAGGAUUGAUGCAUCAGACUGUAUGCAUCAGCUAAGUGAACCUAAUCAAGUGGCAACUGUAUGUUAAGCACCAGAUUUAUUGUGAAAAGCGAUGGAAUCAGCCAUUAUUUUAUAAUUAUGUACCUUCUCUUGGAUUCAUGCCUGUCUAGGCUCACUAUGUGAGUCAUUUAAUUCUCUUACCAGAAUAAAACAUUUUUAAUUUCCUUCA